ACUCAUUCCGUCGCCAAUUGAAAUAGACAACCCGAGAUGGCGCCUCUACCCACCCAGAGUUCAGCGCGGCUCUUACGAACGUACACCCAGGUCCCAAGACUGACGAGAUGCCUGUCGCAGACCCCGCGACGGCGCCUAGGCGAGCCCGACCCUCGAGCUAUCCCCGACGUCCAAGCUAUGCAAAUGACCGAGGACCAAGCCUCGAUGGUCGAGGUUGAGCAUCAACCCGAGCCCUCCGUCGAGAAAUAUCACCCCGACCACCAGCCGGACUACACCGCGAUGGUCGACCACGGAACGUCUACAUACUCCCCUGUGCCGAGGAGAGUGAUGAACGGGAGCGAACCGGGACACGUCACGCCCGCCGCGGUCUUGUCUGGAGCUCCCGUGGAUCUACAGGCGCGCACAGUCAGGAUCUACAAACCCGUCAAACCCGCAACGCAGUCCGGCACCUGGGGCUCCCACGCCUGGCGGAUGGACUGGGACGUCCUGGGCAAAGGCCAUCGCUGGGAAAACCCGCUGAUGGGCUGGCAGUCGUCGGCCGACUUCAUGCAAGGCACCAAAGUGAGCUUCAAGUCGAAAGAGGAUGCGAUUGCGUUUGCGGAGAAACAAGGCUACGAGUGGUACGUGCAGGAGCCGCAAGAGAGGAGGUUCGUGCCCAAGGCCUACGCAAACAACUUCUUGCACGAGUCCGGGACCAGGUUGAAGCAUAUCAAGACGAAAUAAGCGGUCGGUUCGAGCUGCCGGAGACAGUGGACAAGCGGCGGGAAUACCGAAGAUCAGCCCAGGGAAUACUGAGAUGAGUAUAGCAGGGGGCGAUACCUGAGCGCUUUCAAGCCAUGCAACGCCUUGCCCGUGAUUUUGGCGAAUGCAGGCGCCCAGGCAUCAUGUGUACAUAUCGAUAACAAUAUGAGUCAAACAGAAGCCAACAAGAAUACACCAUCACAUCUUGGUCUUUACACUUUCACAACGCUGCUCAGGGAGC